UAAGCGUGGGUAGGAGACUGAACAGCAAAGAAAAAGCUUCAGCAAGGUCAUUUCUUGGAACAGCUCGGCAAGGUAUAGUGCAAGCAAGCAGAGAAAACUGAGCACAAGCUAUUGGGAAGGGCCAAGAGCCUGGUACAGCUUAGGCUCUGAAAUGGCAUUCUCUCUGCUGGAUUUACCAGUUCUGCUUCUGCUCUGUUUGUCCUGCAGUGCGCAACAGGCAGAAAAAAACUGUGGACCACCACCUAGAAUGGAAAUAGAAGAACUUGCAGAAACCCAAGUCAAACAGUUUUAUUCACAUAAUGAUGUGGUACAGUAUAACUGCCGGCCAGGCUACAUAAAACUUGGACGCAUUAAAUAUCAAUGCAAUAAUGGAGAAUGGAAGAAAACAUUUCCACCAGUAGAAUGCAGAAAAAAACCUUGUGGACAUCCCGGAGAUGCUCAGUUUGGCACUUUUGAACUCACUGUCGGAGAAGACUUUUCCUAUGGUUCUCGUGUUGAGUAUCGGUGUGAUGACGGGUACCAAAUGCUCAGCCAUACAAACUAUCGUAUCUGUCAGGUAGAUGGAUGGAGCAAUGAUGUCCCUCACUGUGAAGUACGGAAAUGUUUCCCAGUAAAAGCACCAGUUAAUGGAAGGAUGGUUAUGACGGGAAUAGAUGAUCCAAACCAAGAAUUUCUGUUUGGACAGGUGGUACGAUUUGAAUGUAAUGAAGACCUUAAAAUCGAGGGACCUGAUCAAAUCUUUUGCACAGAUAAAGGAGAAUGGAGUGGAGUCGUUCCAAAAUGUGUGGGUUAG